AUGGCUCCUCGUACAUUCAAAAAGAUGGUGAUUGCUGUGAGCGGCACAUUUCCUGGUUUCAAGCAAUCCGAUGUCAAGGAGUUGAUUGAGGCCCAAGGAGCCACUUUCAGUACAUCAGUUAAUGACCAGUGCACUCAUUUGAUUACGACAAGCAAAGAUGUGGAGAAGAACAGCUCCAAGUACCAAGCGGCAUCCAAGUCCACCACCUGUCACGUAGUUUCCCUCGACUGGCUGACGGAGUCCAGCAAAGGAAAGAAACCGCUAGCAGAGAAGGUGUAUCUGCUGGGUGCUGGUGCUGGUUCCGGUCAGAGCACUGCUGCUCCUCAGGUAGCGCCGAAAAAGUCGAACAUGAAUGCUUUAAAAAAUGGGAAUGGCAAGGACUUGACGGCCGAUUCUGAAAAGACUGGCCAAAAGCGGGCCUUGAAGCAGGAAGAUGAAUCUGCCGAGAAGCCAAUCAAGAAGCAGAAAGACUCAGAGAGUUCAAUCUCGAAGCAGCUGGUUAUUCCUGUGGACGAAGGAUUCACCUCAUCUGUUUCUUCUUACCUUGAUCCUCGUGUACAUAUCGAUGACACAGGUCUGAUCUGGGACGCCACUCUCAACCAGACCGUUGCCUCAAACAACAACAACAAAUUCUAUCGACUUCAGAUUGUUGCUGACAAAAAGGGCAGAUUCAUUGCCUGGACUCGUUGGGGUAGAGUUGGAGAGCACGGCCAGUCGGCAGCUGUUGGGGAUGGCAGCUUGAAGACUGCAGAGAUGGCUUUCAAGAAAAAAUUCCGAGAAAAGUCAGGCCUCGCAUGGGAAAACCGUCUCGAGCUACCGAAGAAUAAUAAGUAUACGUUUAUUGAACGCAACUACGAGGAAGACGAUGAAGAGGAAGAAAUAAAGAAGCCGAUCAAAGAAGAGCCAGAUGAGCAGAAACCCGAAGUGAAAUGCACCCUCUCCAACCCACUGCAGAACCUCAUGUCUUUCAUUUUCAACCAAGAUCACUUCUACUCCGCUAUGGCUUCAAUGUCAUACGAUGCAAAAAAGCUACCUCUGGGCAAGCUUAGCGAUCGAACUUUGAAAGCUGGUUUCUCUACCCUCAAAGAGUUAGCUGAGCUCCUGGCAGAUCCUGCUCUGGCCACCCCGCGGUAUAAUAUGGGCUAUGGACCUGCUAUUGAGAGUCUAAGCAAUCGUUACUUUACAACUAUUCCACACGUCUUCGGUCGUAACCGACCGCCGAUCUUGAACUCGGAUGCCCAGAUCAAAAAGGAAAUCGAACUGUUGGAGGCUCUGACGGAUAUGGAUGUGGCCAAUGAAAUCUUGAAAGAUUCGAAACAGGUUUCCGAUAUUCAUGAACUGGAUCGUCAGUUCCAGAGCCUGGGAAUGGAAGAAAUGACCUCUCUUGAACAUGAUUCCACUGAGUUCCAUGAACUUUCAAGUUAUCUGUUGAAUUCUCGCGGUGCAACCCAUCACCUCAAAUACACAAUCAUCGAUAUCUUCCGCAUUGAGCGCCGGGGUGAGAAUGCCCGUUUCAGCUCAUCUUCAUUCGCCGAUUUGAAAAACAGUGACCGUCGUCUACUUUGGCAUGGCUCUCGUAGCUCUAAUUUCGGUGGCAUUCUGAGCCAGGGUCUACGAAUUGCGCCCCCAGAAGCACCUGUGAACGGCUACAUGUUCGGCAAAGGUGUAUACCUCGCGGAUACGUCGACUAAGUCUGCUAACUACUGCUGUUCCUCCACCAGCGCAAAUAUGGGAUUACUCUUACUCUGUGAUACAGAGCUCGGCGAACCUAUGCUGGAACUUUGCAUCGGCGAGUACAAGGCUGGAGAAAUUGCUCGUAAAGAAGGAAAAAUUGCUACUCUUGGAAAGGGCCAGACCAUUCCUGGAGGAUGGAAAGAUGCUGCAGCCGUCAAUCCCGUGCUGGAAGGCGUCAAACUUCCCGAUGUGAGCCGUGGCUCAAUACCCUGCAAGGACGAUCAUAAUCCGUGGCUGCAGUACAAUGAGUAUAUCGUUUACGAUGUUGCUCAGAUUCGACAGCGCUACCUUUUCUACGUCCGUAUGGAUUGA